GCGUCGACCAAGAUAACAACGACGAGGAUGGACCAAGGCCCCAACUCAAUUAUCGAAGAACUGAGCGAUUCAGAUCACUCUAGCUUAUUCUCGUACAUCGAUAAAGACAAGGUGUAUGGUCUGAAUCUGGAUGUGCCAGAGCGUGCAAAGGACAUAAUAAAACCCUGGGCGGACCGCGAGGAUACAACGCUGUUUGCUGAUUCGGGCGUCGAUGACCAGAUGAUAAUUCACGUCCCGUUCUCAGAGAACGUUCGAAUUAGAUCCGUAGUUCUUAAGCUCGGCAGGGGUGAAUACACGCCGCGUCAUCUUAGAUUAUAUGCCAAUUACCCGAACAUAAUUGAUUUUGACGACGCGGAGAACACGAACCCUCACUUCAAUAUCAGUCUUCUAGAAGGAGAGACUGGCGCAGUAGAAUACCCCCUACGGGUGGCAGCCUUCAGGAGCGUGCAUUCUUUGAGCUUAUAUGUUGGAGACUCUGUUGGUGGGAAUCAGUCGCGGAUUUACUUCAUAGGAUUCAAGGGUGACUGCCACUCACCCCGGAAGGAAGGUACCAAGAAGAUUGAGGUACCCGCCCCCAAUGCUGCAGAUGCGUCCUUGGUAGAAAGACUGCUGCAGCGAGCCAGAGGGCAGCAAACGACAGCUCGAUGAUUCCAAGUACUUGCAGGUAGCUCGUGAGACAGGGGUUAUUCACCUAAUAGCACGUUUGAUUACGUCAGCAACCUGUAGUUGUGUCGCGCGUGGAGUUGAGAAUGCGAGAGCAACGUGUGCCCC